CAGUUUAGAUCAAAGUUGAUUCAAAAAACAUCAUCAGCAGCUUUUGAUAAUUAAAAUAAGAUUUAUUUUUUGAUAUCCUUUAAUUUAGAAAUACUAAUAAAUUAUAUUUUUAAUAUGUAAGUAAAUAGUUAAUCUUCUGGAUCUUAAAUGGAUUCAGUAGAGAGAAUGCCUGGUCUUAAAUAUCGUGAUUCUUUAGAAGAAGAUUCUUAUGGGAAUAAAUCAAUAAGCAAGCAAAGUUUAAAGAACACCCAAAACAGUAGUAGUACAUUAAAUUAGAAUGAAAUUGUGUCAGGAGGUGACUCACGAUUUUACAAAUAUGAAUAUGAAAUAUACUAAAGAAAAAAUUAACAAUAAAUGUAGCAAGAGCAUUAAUUUAAUCAUCCGAAUUAGGGUUUAUAGUAGUUUGAUUAGCAGUAGCAUUUAGAAUAAUUUUUAUAGAAUUGCUUAGGUUAAAAUUAAUAAAAUAUUCAUCAAUUUAAUCAGAUCGACCCAAGAAGAAGGCUAUUUGUCUAAAACUAAUAAAAUUAGAAUAUUUAGAAUUAUGUAAGACAUUAAAUGGGCGAAAAUAAAGAAGAUGUGGGGGAAGAAUAAGAAUAAAAUUAAUUAGAUUCAGCAGAAUAAUAGCAUGAAAAUUUUGAUUAGAAUAAGGACUAUUAAGAAUAAGAAGAUGAAGAGGAACAGGAAGAUUAAUAUUAUGAUCAAGAUCAUACAUAAAAUGAUCAAAAUGAAAAUUAAGAGCAUUACGAUCAGAAAUAUAAUUAGAAUUAUCAUCAAAAUGAAGUUGACUAUGAAAAGGAAUAUGAAAUGGAUGAUUUAGAUGAAAAUGGAAAUAACACUUUAGGAAGAAAUGUUCUUAAUUAGUAUUUACAAAGAGAAUCAAAUAAGUUAAUGGCUAGCAAAUAAAACUAAUAAGAAGAAUAAUUCUAUGAUGAAGAAAAUAUAUAAGAGGAUGAAUAAAAUUAAUACAUUGAAUCAUUAGUAACAGAAAAAUAGGAUGGGGAUGAGGAUGGGCAUGAUAUUAUAGAAAAACAAUAGAAGGAACUUGAAGAUAAAAAAUAACAACAUUAAUAAUAAUAAAGCGAAAUGCAUCAAGAGUAGCAGGUUUUGCUAUAUAAAGAUAGUCUAUCUAACAAUCAAAGUAAAAACUAAACACCUACUAAUUCAUAAAGAUCUGAGAAUUACAAUUCACUUAAAUAAGAAAAGUAGAAUGAAUAGAAGUAGAGCAAAAACUUAGAUAUGCAGUAUCAAUUACCAGUCUAAAUGAGCCAAUAAUUAUUUUCAACUAGUAUAAAAAAACAAUAAUCUAAUAUAAUUCUGCAAUAAAAGCAAGAUGAAAGCUAAAAAAUAAAAGAAACUUAUUAGAGUAAUUAAUCUUAAGCAUCUUCUAAAUAGGCUUAGAAUUAAAUUGUGAUUGAAAGAAUUAAAUAAUCUCCGUAAAAUGAUAAUCAAUCAAACAGCUACAGAGAUUCUGAGAAUGUUUAUAAUUCUUAAGCUAAUUCUAUGAUUUCAAAUUAAGAAAGGCAAUACUCAAAUAAUUAAAUUUAAUACAGUGAUUCGCUUAACUCGAAGGAAUCAUUCAGAUCCUCAUAAAAUGAAAAUUAAAAUUCUAUAAGAUAUUCUCAUCAUUCUCAGUAAUAAUAACAAUAAUAGCAGUUAUAAGAGCAAAUAUAACCUUUAGAUGAAGUAUAAGAAUAAAACAAAGAUAACUUUAUAAAAGAAAAUCAUUAAGCAAAAUAGUAAGUUUAUUAGAUUUAUAAUGCUUAAAAUCAGAUUUAAAAUAAGAGCAAAGAAUUGCAAAAUAAUUAAUAAAUAACACCGAUUUAAUCUAUGUCAAAAAGAGAUGAUCAUGUUUCGAAUGAGACCUUUUAAGUGAGAAAUCCAAGUAAUUUAGAUGAAAAUUAUACAUAUAGGAGUAAAGAAAGUUUAGAUUUGACUAAAAGAAGCACUUUAUCAAAUGCUAGUGCAACUCAAGUAGCUUAGAAGUAAUUAUAUAUGCUUAAUCUUUUAGAAUAAAAAGAAUAGCUUAACUCUGAAAGGUACAACAUGCUAGUUUAGGAUGAAGAAAUUAUAGAACAAGAAGAUAUGGCAUCAUCACACAGAACUGAUGUAAGGGUAAACAGCGAAGAUUACAGAUAAUUAAAGCAAUUAAUUAUGAGUAAAAACCCUUCUAGCUCACACUACCAGUAAAACGAAAAAAGUAACUUGAAAUUAGAGGACAAUUUGCAAUUUAAUAAGUAAUUAAGCACUCAGUCAUAAUAAACUCCUGAAAAUAGGUAAAAGUAGCUAAGUUCAAUUACCGGAAAUAAUACAAAAGAGCUAUUUGAGUAUUCAAACAGCUCAAAUAAAAAUAACUAAACAAAUAAUUUGUUUGAUUCAUAGCCCAGAGGAGCUAAGGAUUGCUAUGAUUCAACUAUUAAAAAUAGGUUGAAAGUUGAUCUAUUCAAGAAGUUAACAGAUCCAACUAUGGUAGGAAUCUAAUAGAAUUAGUCAUUGUAAUAAGAUAACAAUGAAAUUAAAAAUAAUCAGCAUUAUGCUUCAGAUAAUUUUGAAAAAAACUACAUUCUAAACGGAUAAUAAAUUAACUAAUAAGGUAACUAAUAAUACGAUUAGUUAAAUCAAAAGUCACUUAGUUAUGUUUCCUAAUAAUAGCAACCACUGAAUACAUAAAAAGAAAUAAAUAAGUAUGACUUUACUAAAAAGGAAAAAGAUGAAGACAUUUUUAAAACAGCAAAGGAAUGGAAGCAGAAUACAAAUGAGUAAAAUAAGUAUUUUUAUUCAGAAAUAUCUCCAAUAGAUAAAGGUCCAAGAUAUAAACCAUAAUAUUUAACGAUUAAUAACUAUAACAACAAUAACAAUAGUGAUUAUGAGGAAAUUUUAAAAAGGUAAUAACAAGGAUCUCCUAUAAUAAAUAAUGAUAACAAUACAAAUUAAAUAACUUUUUAAAAUAAUUUUAAUUUUUAGAGUAUUUCUAACUAUAAAGAAUGUUUAGAUGACGAUUAAUCUCACAGAACUCCAACUAAUUAAAAUAAAAAUCAUAUAAAUAAAUAAAAAUACAACGAUGAAUACUCUUACCAAAAUUAGGAUAGAAAUUAAAAUAACUACCAAGAUAAUUGCUAAAUUUAAAAAACCCAAGAUUUACCAUCCUAAAAAAAUGAAUACAGGUAUAAUUUUAUAGAAAGAAAACAGAAAUUACAAAAUGAGUAGGAAUUAGGGCAAACCAUUGAAAAUGAUUAGACAAAAUCAGAGCAAAAUUAUAAUGAAAAUUCAGGUGAAUUAUCUUAUAAAACCCCUUAACUAGAGCCAGUGUCUUAAGCAAUACUAAAUAGAUACUUAAGGAGAUAGCAAGGGAAUGAAAACGAUUAAUUUGAGCUGAAUAAUAUCUUAAAUGAAAAAUAAAAUUAAGGGUAAGAUCAAAUACACUAAAUGGAUCACCAUACUUAUAAUGAAUACAAUAUUGCUAAAUAUUAAAGGAAAAUAGCAAAUUAUAAGCCUGAUUUCAUUGAAAAACUUCAGGAAUACUAAUAAAUGUCUGAUAAAAAGAAAAGAGAUUAUGAAGAAUUAGAAAUUGAAGAAUAAAAUAUUUUAUAAAAUUAUAUUAAAUAAAAGUCCCCUGUGCUACGAUAACCCAAGGAAAAUACUUACAUGCCAUCAAAUGCACUUAUGAAAGGGAUAAACCUGAGAAAAAUCAACUAAUAAAUGAAAAACUAAGUUAAAAAAAGUCUAAGUAACAAUAACAAAUAAAUGAAAAAGUCUCAUGACUUUUCCAAUGCUAAUACCAGCAUGAGGCAGGUUUAAAAUAACAGUAAUUAUUCCAUGUAUUCUCCAUAGAAAAACUACUUAAAUAGUAAUUCUUAGAGAAACGAUGCUAAAAUAAGAAAUGAAAUGAUAAUGAAUAAUUUAAACUACUCUCCUUCGAGUGAAAUAGAUAACCUAAACUCUUCAUCUAAUGAAAAACCUAAUGCUAAUUCAAGUUAUCGUUAGAUCAAAAGCUAAAUAAAUAAAAAUAAUAAACAAACUUACCAUGAUAAUAAUAAUGUUAAAAAGAAUUUAUCUCCAAAUAAAUAUGAACAAACUUCUAACGAUGCAUGUAAUUAAUGUCACACCUGCUAGCAACAUCUGCCAAAUUCAAUGAGCUUUUAAAACAGCAAUAGUUAAUAAAGUAAAUAUAAAAUUGCUCAUCCAGCAUAACCUACAUUCUUUAACUUUAACUAAGACUAAUAUCAACAUAAUUAGCUAGUAAAUUUGUAAAUGAGCGAUGUUACAUCACCAAUAAGUUAAAUCAAAAGCAUUACAAAAUCACCAAUUAAGCUAGAUUCUCUUGGAAAUUCCCCAAUAAAAUUUGGUUCUCACUUAAAUUCCCCCUUCGACAAAUCUACUGAAAAUUAUGCUAAAAGCAAAGGAUUUAUUUAUGACCCUUACAAGUUCAAUGGAUAUGAUUAUAGAAAUAUACCCAAAAAGCAUUCAGGCCAUAAUAAAUCCUAAUCAAUGAACUUAAACGUUACUUCAAAAAGCGAUGUUCAUUAGUUUAACUUGGAAGAAAUUGAAAAGUAAUGCGUUUAGCAUAUUUAAAAUUAGGAAUAUGAGCUUGCAUAAUCUUUAUUAACUUAAAUAGAAUCUUACAUUUAUCAAACAUUUGAACUGAAUCAUCCUUAAAGAAUUUACAUAAAUUACUUAAAUGCUAGAGUUUAAUAAGGUUUACAAUAAUCUAAUACCGCUGUUAAAUACUGUGAAAGAGGAUUAAAAGAAAUUUUAAGAGAAGAAUUAUUCAAUGACUCAUAUUUAUUUAAAUAUUCUUUUACUCUUAGGUAGUUGGCAUAAUGUGAAUGUAAAAAAAUAAAAUAAUUUUAGUAGUAAAAAUACUAUCUAACUUAAAUGGAAGAAUAAUUAAACAUUUGUGAAAAAGAAUUCUCAAAUUUAAAUAUUGAAAUAGCUAGAAUUUAUUCUGAUUUAAACAAUAAAUUUGGACUUCAUAUCUACAGAGAACUUGCUAAAGUUUGCCAAGAACUGAAAGAGUAUUAAAAUGCUUGUAAGUAUAUCAAAAUAAUACAAUCAAAAAUGAAUUCCAUAGAUAUAGAUUUAUCAAUGUCUUUAAUAGAUAUGCUAAUACUCAGUUAAUUGAAAAAUGAAGCAAUUGAAGAGUCAAAAAAAAUAAUAAAAUUUUUAAGAACAGUAGAAACCAAUUCAGUAACAGUGAAAGAAGAAUUAUUAUUGUAGUGCAUAGAUAAUUUAGCUAACCUAUACUUUGAAAAAUAAGAGUAUGAUUAAUCGUCUGAUUGGUUUGAAUAGAGUCUUUAGAUAAAAACUCAUUUAUUUGGAUAAUACCAUUAAAUAACAGGAGUUGGAUAUUUUCUUUGUGGGAAAAGUCACCAUAAGCAAAAUAAUAGUGUAAAAGCUAUUUAAAGACUAGGCACUUGCAUAUCUAUUCUGGAUAAGCAUCUCUCUUUAUUCAAUUUAUAUAGUGCUAAUUCUUAUUUAACCAUUGCAGAAAUUGCUAAGAAAGACUAAAAAAUUGAUGAAGCAAUCAAGAAUUACAAAUUAGCUUUUGAAAGGUUUUCAGGAAUAUUUGGAUCAGACCAUUUUAAUUGUUUAUGUAUCUUGCUGAAUAUAAUUUAUCUCACAUGUAACUUUACUCAAUCAACUACUCAAGUUUAAGUUGUAUUUUCUGAUAUUGUAAAAAAUACUGAAAAUAAGCUUAGCUUAGACAGCGUUUAAGUUCUGAAUGAAAUGAGUAAUAUUCUAAGAUAGCAUAAUUUCAUACAAUAGUCUUUAGAAGGAUAUUUAAUUGCAAGUAAUAUAUUGAAGUAAUUGAAGAUAAAUAAUGGUACAAAACAAGUAGACGAUUAGUAGAUUCAAUAGAAUUUAUUUUUAGUUUAUAUGAAUUUAGCUAGUACUUAUUCAAUUCUAUAAUAACAUGAGAAAUCAAUUAUGGCAUAUUUUGAUGCGCUAAGCAUAAGUUAAACAUUGCAUUAGUCUCAAGAAUAUGAGUUUAAGAUUCAUAACUUUUUAGCUUAAUCGUUUAAAGCAAUAAAUAAAUACUUUGAAGCUCAAAAGCACUAUCAAGAAGCUUUAAACAUUAUAAGUACAAAAGAAGGUUUUGCCAACGAAAAAGAGGAAUUGAGAUAGCUAAUAAGACAAUGUAAGAAAAAAUGA